UCUGUGAAUCUGUAUCAGUCAGGGUUUCAAUGCAUGUGCUUAUUUGUAUCAUCAUACGACCAUUUAAGCAUAUCUAAACAUACUGCUGAUCUUUGUCAUUUGAAAGAUGCAUAAAUUGCCUAAUCAAAUCGCAGGUUCCGUUGCAAACGGAAGUAAGCGAUGAAAUUCGAUUUCAAAAUGCAUGACGGAAUGGACAGGCGGGUUUGAAAGCGCAGGUUGGGUUGCAUUGGUGUGCGUUUGUAACCAGUGGAUGCUGAAGAGUCUGGGGAGAGCUUGAGGUGGUCAUUGUUCCAGCCAUGUCUCCUCCAGCAUCUGCUGCGACGGCCAGUGAGAGCAGCACCAACACUGUGUUCGAGGACGACACGGACGCGGCGAGAGAGGAGCAGAGGCCUGUGAAACAGUCACUGAGCAAGUCCAUGUGCAGAGAGGUGUUCUGGAAAUGCCUGCUGCUGUCUAUGCUCAUGUACGGCUGCAUGGGAGCCAUGGUGUGGUGCCACGUCACCAAGGUCACCCGGUUGACCUUUGACAGUGCCUACAAAGGGAAGUCCAUGAUGUAUCAUGACAGUCCCUGCUCAGACGGCUACAUCUACAUCCCACUGGCCUUCCUCAUCAUGCUUUACGUCGUUUACCUGGUGGAGUGCUGGCACUGCCAUGCCAAAAAUGAGCUUCAGUACAAGGUGCACGUGGAGGGAAUUUACGAAAGAGUCCAGAGGAUGCAGCAGGCCAAGCCUUGCAUCUGGUGGAAGGCCAUCAGCUACCACUACGUGCGGCGGACACGGCAAGUCACGCGGUACCGCAACGGAGACGCGUACACCACCACGCAGGUGUAUCACGAGAGGGUCAACACCCAUGUAGCCGAGGCAGAGUUCGACUACGCCCACUGUGGAGUCAAGGAUGUCUCCAAGCAGCUAGCGGGUCUGGAAAAGUCAGCCAUCACCAAACUGAGGUUCACUAAGUGCUUUAGCUUCGCCAAUGUGGAGUCCGAAAACUCCUAUUUGACCCAACGGGCACGCUUCUUCACCGACAACGAAGGAUUGGAUGAUUACAUGGAGGCCCGGGAAGGGAUGCACCUGAAGAACGUAGACUUCAAAGAGUACAUGAUUGCCUUCUCCAACCCAGACCACCAUCCCUGGUACGUCUCCAACUGGGUCUUCUGGACAACGGCCUUUCUUACCGUAUCCUGGCCGUUGCGGGUUCUGGCGGAGUAUCGCACGGCUUACGUCCAUUACCGUGUUGAAAAGCUCUUUGGUGCAGACUACAUAGCUGUGACGCCCUGCGACGAGAGACCUUACUGUAGACGCAUCCCGAGAGUCAACACCAUCGACAGCACCGAACUGGAGUGGCACAUUCGCUCCAACCAGCAGCUGGUGCCGAGCUACUCCGAGGCGGGUCUGAUGGAUCUGGCACAGCGCUCAGGAGGCGUCAGGCAGAACUGUGAACGCUGCCACCGCGCCAUCAGCAACUCAUCCGUGUUUUCCCGAAGCGCCCUCAGCAUCUGCAACGGCAGUCCUCGCAUCCCCUUCAGCGGGAGCCGCUUCUCCUUGGGAAGACUGUACGGUUCUCGCCGAAGCUGCUUCUGGAGAAGCGGGAGCGGGAGUCUGGACGAACCCGAAAGUCCCAGCGAGAACACGCGAUGCCUGUCCGGACGGAUCAACGCCGAUGAGGAAGACCCACCGGCCUACCAGGAUGCGCUGUACUUCCCGGUGCUUAUCGUCCACUGUAAUGAGAGCUGUCCCAAUCACCGCUCCUUCCAUAGGAACAGCUCAUGUGUGGAGACGUCAUUAUGAUCGACCUCUUUAACUACAUAAACCACU